AUGUCUUCCAAGGACAAACCCGUGAAUGACUUGGAAAAUUGGCUCCCCCUCGGAGAGGUGGGUCUUGUUGGAAUUUCGCCGGUGUUUAAGAAAAAACCGUUCAGUAUUCUUCAUCGAAAGCAAUUAAAGGACAAGAGAAUCGUUCUCAAUGUGAGUGGGAGGAAGUUUGAAACUUGGGACUAUACUCUGAAGAAAUACCCUACAACUCUAUUAGGAAGCAGUGACCGAGAAUCCUUUUACGACUCGCAGCGAAAAGAAUACUUCUUUGAGCGGGACCCUGGCUUUUUUCGUCACAUUUUGAACUAUUAUCGUUAUGGUAAACUUCAUUUUUCUCUGGAAGAAUGCGGCGAAUUUUACGAAGACGAGCUUGAUUUUUUUCGUAUUCCAACUGAUGCUUUGGGUUUGUGUUGUCUCGAGGAAUACCAUGACGCGAAUUCUGCUGUGUGUCGAAGAGAUUUGCCGUCAGAAGUUGAAGCGAUUCACCAUGAAUGUGUUCCUCAGCGUAGAACUUGCAGACAGCAACUCUGGUUGUUGUUUGAAAAUCCGCAAUCUUCAAAGACAGCUAAAGUUGUGUACUACAUAAUUGGAAUCGCCAUUAUUUUAAGCAUCGUUACAACCAUAACAGAGACGAUACCCUGCGGUGGAAGAACAUGUGGUGAAGAAUACAAGCAAGCUUUUCAAUACGUCGACGGCACUUGUGUUGUGGUCUUAACACUGGAGUAUUUACUUCGCUUGUUCGCUGCGCCUCACAGGUGCAAAUUCGUGAAAGAAUUUCAAAGUAUCGUAGAUCUUGCGGCGGUUAUUCCAUUCUACCUCGACAUUGGGUUAAAAAGCGCCGGUGAUUUCGAUGCCUUAACGAUUCUUCGUGUCUUCCGUGUAUUCCGCGUGUUUAAAAUGUCUCGGCAUUCCACCAGACUUCAAGCGCUAGGUUCAUCGAUAAAAAAUUCAUCCUCAGAGCUGGGAUUUAUUCUAUUUUCGUUUGGACUGGGUGUUAUUAUUUUUGCCACCGCUGUGUAUUAUGCUGAGAAAGAAGUCAAGGGCACAACUUUCUCUAGCAUCCCGGACAGUAUGUGGUAUGCUAUUGUUACUAUGACAACGACUGGGUAAGUCAGUGCUCUUUGUGGUUUGUUUGUAGGGCUAGAGAUGGGGAAGAACCUCUAAAAACAUCCUUGACUUUUCUUCACGAGUAAGAGAUAAUUUUGAUCAGGGAAUAAGUAAUUCGUUCGAUGAACUCCUUUUCAAUCUUUCUUUCAAGAUAAGUAUCACUGAACAACUGUUACAAAAAAAUGGGAGAACGAGCAGCAAUAAUUUCAAAAACUUUGGAAGCACGUACUUGUAAUUUUUGUUUGUGAGUCCAUCGUUAAAGAGUAGAUAUCGAUCAUCGAUUACCAAAUCGAAAUGCUAUCGUAGCUCAUCCGUUUGUUUCGGGAAGAUCUACACACAAUCGAUCGAAUGCUGCAAAUUUUGGUCACGUCACAUAUGGUGUGUUUUCGCCUCCGACGAAAAUACUAAAACAAAACGCUGAGGAGCCCAAAUAAAGUUAUCCCGGGAGACUAAAUAUCUUCAUUCAGGUCUGAAAUAAUAGCUUUAGAUCGAGCGAUUGCCUUUGAAAUAAGACCUUUCGUGAGAAAAGUCCCUUGGCUUUACUUUGUCCCGAUGGGAAUAAGCCUAAUAACUACAUCCUGUAUAAAUUAUGAGAAAUAUUAAAAGCUUUGAGAUGCGUGACGUUUACGACACAAGAUACACAAGGGCUCCUUACCAACUGCUUCAGGCGGACAUUAAGAGAAAAGAGUUUCGAUGAAUUUUGAAAAAUUGAGUUUUCGAAAUAUUCUUUUGAGAGAGUAGAAAUCGAGAAAUUUCAGAAUUAAUUUCUUCUGUUUUCCGUAAACUUUAUGCUAACAUCCUUAUGACUUACUUGUACUUCACUCAGUAGGAAGACUCUCCACGCGGCAUCAUUUUUAAAAUUGUGCGAAUUUCUUCCUUAACAGCUAUGGUGACAUGUCACCGGAGACAGCGAUUGGCCAGAUCAUGGGAAGCGUGUGUUGUUUAGUGGGCACCUUGGUCAUUGCGUUACCUGUGCCAAUCUUGGAGAUGAAAAUGAAACUAGUACAAAAAAAACCUAAUGGUGAAGAAAACAAUGAAGAACAAAAUAGCGGACAAGAUGGAGAAGCGUGA